AUAAUAAUGAUAAAAACGGUAAACAAUAUCAGAAAGUUAUUACUGGGGAUAUUCACUUAUCCACUUCACAGCAGGAUAGCACUGUAAUGCUUAAAAAUGGCUCUAUCGGUGUCAUCAAAAAUAUUAUCGAUUACGAAAGAAAGGGAUGUCAUCUUCUUUUACGAGUUUUUUCAAAAGUUGAGGACCUUUUCAAACUUCCGUGUGAUUCAUCAUUAGUCGGUAUUUUUCUCUGCUAUCUACCGAUUCCACAAUUGACGUUAGUUUCUCUAAAUCAAGUCACAGCUAAGUGUUUCAGGAUGCCUUACUGGUCUCCCGAAAUUCCGACAAUAGAGUCAAAUUCUCAAUUUUUCGUCGUCGUAAAAAUUAUGUCUACUAGCUUAGGAAAUUAAAUCUUCAUUUUGUAGCCUACUUCUUCCUUUCUUCUUGUGUUUCGUUUUUUACUAGCAUGGCUGACAAAAAAAGGAAGAAUUUGGGAGCGCUUCCAACUAACAUCGCAGCAACCAAGCUCACGAAGAAGAUGUCUUCCUUCUCCGUGUCUACAGGGAGCUUCGGGAGGAGUGCUUUUUUGACUGAGACAUCAACUCUCUCUCAACCGCUGCUGAAAGAACAACAGCGGCAGCAAGUACCACCGCAUACAAAAUCGCUGCAGGAACCACCAUCGCACCGAAGGCCGCUGCAGCAAGCAGCAAUAACGCAGCGUAAGCCUCUACAGCAGCUACAGCAGCAGCAACCGAAACUGCAGCAACAACCAUCGCAGCAGCAUCAGCGGAAACCACUACCGCAGAAGAAACCGCAGCAGCAGCAGCAACCGCUUCAGCGGAAAACGCUGCAUCCUCAGCAACCACCAGCGUAUCGAAACACGCAGCAGAAGGAGCUGGUACCACCAGCACCACGAGCACAACGCAAUGAUGUGCUCAAUGAACCACCACGGGAGACAUUGGACUCCAUCAACAGAAGACUGGCAGCCCUCGAAGGAACGCAACGCGGGAUUGGAGAGACGCUGAAGCAGUUUAAGGAUGUGACAAGUUCAUCCGAUGAGAGACUGAAGAAAAUGGAACAAAAACUGACAGCGAUUUAUAACAUCCUGAAAAACUUGGCAGCCGCGCAAUCUUCUGCAACGAGAACUCGUCCAGAAUUUUUGCCAUUUAAAACAACGGCUGACAUUGUUGCCUUCGAUCAUCUCGCUGAUGAUCAGUUUGAUGCUCUCGUCCAUUACUUGAGAUACCUUGGAGGUGCGAAUGAAACUGACGCUGCAGCGAUUUAUUUCAAAGCCUGCUUCAAGUUUCACGAAGAUUUGUUCCGGAAUGUCACUUGGCAUGGAUCCAAGUCGGACAACAAUAUUUUGGCGUUAAAAGAUACGCGUUUCGCUUUAGCCUGCAGUGAGGCUAUGCCCAUCUUAAAGGAACUCCUCAGGAAGCCGAAGAAGGAUGAAUUUGCGACUGCGAUGACGAAAGCUUUGAAGAGCAGUAAGGAAGCUUAUCGUCGUCAAAGCAAGAGAGCUGCACCACCGGCCGAACAAUCGCUUCCUUUCAAGAGGCAACGCCAAAAUGAUCCACCGCAGAAUAACGCGGUAGGAAAUAUGGAGUACGAGUACGACCUCAAACCACUCCUUGGGGGCGAAGUACAUCAGCCCAUCGACAACCAGCUCAUGGACCAACAGCAGCCCAGCGAUGGAGACGAAGAGGUCGACGAAGACCACUGA